ACUCGGGCCUGCGCGCGUCUAUUGUUCGCUCAGCGCGUGAACACAAAGACUCUUGAGGCGCGGGUUCAUCGAGCACGAGCGCCGCGGGACCUUCAGCUCGAGGCCUCGCGCAAGUUAAACCGGACGAUUCUACCUCAAUAACCGACGUUUCUCAUGGUUUUACACAUAUUUUCCUGAUUUCCCGGGAUCCACAUAAAGCCCGUUUGGAGUCGGUCGAUCCUCCGUUACGUCAGUGUUUCAGGCUGUUCCUCCAAGUCGUUCAAGCUGUACUCUCCAAAGGAGCCCCCCAACGGAAGUGCUUUCCCCCCCUUCCACCCCGGCACCAUGCUGGACCGAGACGUGGGCCCGACGCCCAUGUACCCCCCCACAUACCUGGAGCCGGGCAUCGGGAGACACACACCUUACGGGAAUCAGACAGACUACAGGAUAUUUGAACUCAACAAACGGCUUCAGAACUGGACGGAGGAGUGUGAUAAUCUGUGGUGGGACGCUUUCACUACCGAGUUCUUUGAGGAUGAUGCUAUGCUCACCAUCACGUUUUGUCUGGAGGACGGUCCUAAACGAUACACGAUCGGUCGGACGCUGAUUCCUCGUUACUUCAGGAGUGUGUUUGAGGGCGGCGCCAACGAGCUCUACUACGUCCUGAAACACCCGAAAGAGUCUUUCCACAACAACUUCGUGUCUCUGGACUGUGAUCAGUGUACUAUGGUCACGCAGAACGGCAAACCCAUGUUUACGCAGGUGUGUGUGGAGGGCCGUCUCUACCUGGAGUUCAUGUUCGAUGACAUGAUGAGAAUAAAGACAUGGCAUUUCAGCAUCCGGCAGCACAGAGAGCUCAUUCCCCGCAGCAUCUUGGCCAUGCAUGCACAAGACCCGCAGAUGUUGGAUCAGCUGUCCAAAAACAUCACCAGAUGCGGCCUGUCAAACUCCACCCUCAACUACCUCAGAUUGUGUGUAAUCCUGGAGCCCAUGCAGGAGCUGAUGUCCAGGCACAAGACGUACAGUCUGAGUCCCCGAGACUGUCUGAAGACGUGUCUGUUCCAGAAGUGGCAGAGGAUGGUGGCUCCACCAGCUGAACCUGCCAGACAGGCGCCCAGUAAGAGACGGAAGCGCAAGAUGUCGGGCGGCAGCACCAUGAGCGCAGGCGGAGGAACGAACAACAACAGCAACAGCAAGAAGAAGAGCCCAGCUAACAGCUUCCCCCUGUCCAGUCAGGUGCCGGAUGUGAUGGUUGUUGGCGAGCCGACGCUGAUGGGCGGCGAGUUCGGAGACGAGGACGAGCGUUUGAUCACGCGGCUCGAGAACACGCAGUUUGACGCCGCUAACGGCAUCGACGACGAGGACAGCUUUAACAACUCGCCCGCACUGGGCGCUAACAGCCCCUGGAACAACAAGCCUCCGUCCAGCCAGGAGGGCAAGAACGACAACCCCACCUCACAGGCGUCUCAGUGAGACCCGCGGGGGGCGGGGCCGACCCGGCGUCCAAUGGGAAGAAAGAGGCGUGGUCGAAGAUCGGCUCAUUCAUCUACCUGCAGAACGACUCUUCCUGUCAGCAGAGGAAAUGAACCUGAAGGAUCAGAGAUGACAUCAGUCACACAGGGCUCGUGGUUUUGUUGGUGUUUUACGGGAGGACACUCCUCUGAGAGCCUGUAGAUAGUUCACAUGAUUAAGUUAAGACGGAACGGAGAGAUCUGACCACGUAAACCGCCAACAAGACCAACGAACACCCAGCUCCUGUUUCACCCCCAAAACACUGCAUUUCUGCAUGUUGAAAAUAUGCAUAUUUUUCAUAUUAACCAUGUUUAAAAGGUAGUUCCCUGCAAUGAUUUUGCAUUAUAACACUGGAUUGCAGUGAGAAGCUUGUCGAAUUCAUUUUAAAUCCGCAUAAAUCAAAACACUACCGUGAUGUAUGAAUACAGCAACACUUUACUUAAAGCAUUCAUAUAUAGUGCAGUAUGAAAGUGUU